AUGGCCAUCCUGGCGGUAGUGGCGAUCUUGUCGGCCUUGCCGCUCACGGCCCUGGCGCAGUCUUUCAGCGAGUUCCACCGGUUCAUCGGCACCGCCACCCUGGAUGGCACGCUGGUGCCCGUCGGCACCGACGUUACCGCCCUCGAUGGCACCCGCGCCAUCGGCACCGUUAAGAGCACCGCCGGCGGCCAGUUUGCGCUGCAGACCACCCAGGCCUUUGGCACGAUUGUAUUCCAGAUAGACCGCGUAACGGCGGACCAGACCUACCCCUCCUGGAGGGCCGACGCCGUAACCACCGGCUUCCACCUCACCGCCACCACGCCCGAGGACCCGUCCCUCGGCAAGAUAGGCGCUCCGGGUCCCCGGGGCCCCCAGGGUGUCCAGGGCCCGCCCGGCCCGCCGGGUGAGCCGGGCCCGUCCGGCCCGCCGGGUGACGUCAUGGCCCAGGGCGCGCGCGGCCCCGCCGGCCCCGCCGGAAACGAUGGCGGCACCGGCCCCGCCGGCCCGCCAGGCCCCACGGGCGACGCCGGAGUGGAGGGCCCCGCCGGAUCCCAGGGCGAGCGCGGUCCCGCCGGCCCCCGCGGCACCGACGGCGUUGACGGCACCGACGGCGUCGAUGGCCGCAACGGCACCGACGGCCGCGAUGGCGCCAGGGGCGAGGACGGCAGCGGCGCCACGGGCAUCAUCGCCAUCAUCAUCGCCAUCGUCGCGGUGGUAGUAGCGGUAGCCAUGCCCUUCGUCCUCCCCCGCCCCGGCAUGGAAGGCGGCAACGGCGGCGGCACCACCAACCCCUAA